AUGUUGGAUACUAUUUUUAAUAAUCUCGUCCCAGUCAAAGAAACACUCGGUGACUCAUUGUCCGGGUUCCCAAUUGUGGAAUCGCAAUCGAACAACUUGAGCGACGAAUGCGACAAUGUGUGUGGUCCUCGGGCACUGGAAAUCACUUCAUUGAAGCUGUCGGAAGACUGUGACAC